CAAGAGGCAGACAGGCGGAGGACCGUCCGGGAGCGAACCGCUCACUAAAUGGGGAGAACCGUGUCGGGGAUGGAAGAUGACGAACCGAUAGCUGCUGCCUGUAGAAUGCCGAGCUUCAUUAGCAGCUUGGAGGAGGGGAGGGUGAGAUUGUCCCGCAACCUGCCCACAGAAACUUCCUUCACGGACAGUAAAGUUGAGCGGUCGGUCAGAGAUUUGAGCAGCCGUGUCAGCAGAUCAAACUCCCGGUUGUCGCUGGACGCAGGUGAGCGGGGCGAGGAGGAGAGGGGCGGCGAGGAGGAGAAGGAUGCGAAGGGCAACAACAACAACAACUGCAACGGCGGAGGAGGCGAGAGGAGGAGGAGGGCGAGCGCUGUCGAGAUUUUGAGGAGGAAUUUCGGGGUUUCAAAAUCUCCCUCUCUGUGUUUGAACACAAACAGUCGGAUGCAGCGCGGCGCCGAGCAUGACAGCCACGAAGGAGACGUUCAUAACGACGUCCCUCACGGUGACGGAACUGAAGGUGGCGAAUGUAAAAAGUCGGAGCGAGAAACGGGCGAAGCGGGGACUAAAAACGAGCCAACCCUGAGCGACUUGACUUCGGCUGUACAGGGAGUUGAAUUUGUAACAGGUCAGUGCUAUCAUACAUGUGACAGUGACAGCAACGCGGCCACUUUAGACGAGUCUUUUAACAGUGAAGAGCACGUCUACUGCACUGUUUACUGCAUCGCUAACGACAGCCAUCGGAAAGACGUUGGAAUCACAGACGAUGAAACUGUCACAACGGACGCGCCAGAGAUGGACCUGGAGACAGGACAGGAUGCGGGUUCGAGUCCCGAACCGCCCCUCUACACGUUGGACGACCUGGUGGAUCCUUUCGGGGACAUGGCCCACCGACUGUCCAUGGAGCAGGCCGAUGCAGAGACUACGACGCAGAGUUGCCGGGUGUGCCUGGAAGAGAAAACCAUCGCACUCUUGCCCUGCUGCAGGAGGGCCGUGUGCGAUGAGUGCCUGAAACUCUACGUCAGCUCCCAGGUGCGAGUAGCCAAACCUUACAUCAGCUGUCCAAUCCCAGAGUGUAGUGGCUACCUGGCAGAGGGAGUGGUGAUUUCUCAUUUAGCCAAUGAAGACGUGGCAAAAUACCGUUACUUUCUGGAGCUGAGUCAGCUGGACUCGAGCACCAAACCCUGCCCCCAGUGCAGUCAGUUCACCUCCCUGACGAACCACAACCCCAACCGCUCCGAGCACAAGUACAAGAUCCAGUGUAGCAAUUGCCAGUUUGUGUGGUGCUUUAAAUGCCAUGCACCGUGGCACAAUGGGGUCAAAUGUCGCGAGUACAGGAAAGGAGACAAGCUGCUACGAAGCUGGGCCAGUAUCAUAAGUCACGGACAAAGAAAUGCCCAGAAAUGUCCGCAGUGCAAGAUCCAUAUUCAGCGUACCGAGGGAUGUGACCACAUGACAUGUACGCAGUGUAACACUAACUUCUGUUACCGCUGUGGAGAGCGCUACCGACACCUAAGGUUUUUCGGGGACCAUACAUCCAACCUCAGCGUGUUUGGAUGCAAGUUUCGUUAUCUACCCGAUAAACCUCAUCUGAGACGGCUAAUUAGAGGCUCUGUCUGUGCCACUAAGGUGCUGAUAGCUCCAGUGGUCAUUUUGCUGGUCGUGGUGCUUGGAGCUCUCGCACUGGUGAUAGGUUUGGUCGUUUUCCCGGUCUACUAUGUGUGUAAGAGAAGGAAGAAGCAGCGCACGCAGGGCUCCGGCCGGUGGAUCUGACUGAAACCUGCCCUUCCUGCACUUCAUCUCGACCACACCGACACACACAGCUUGAAAGAUGACGCACACAUCUCCUCAGGGAUGAACACGCCAGCCUGAGUCAUCACAGAAGUCUGAGAGGAACAUCACAAAAUUAACAACAGUAAUUGGCGAAGACCCUAAUCAACAAUAAACAAGGAUUUUCCAGUCAGAAAACAACACAUUUAAAUUCUCUUCAUCUGACGGUUUUGAAUCCCCCUUAAAUCUCCUUAAAAUUUCACAGCGGAGAACUUUCUCAGCAGUGUGCGUUUGCAAGCUUUUCCCUCUUCUGUAACACAUUUAACAACAGCUAUCCAUCAGGAGAACAAAUGGGAACACGCGUAAUAGACGGAUGCAGUUUUGUUUACACCCGCACUUGUUAGAAUGUCUUAAAAGAGCAAGCUGGGAGCCUGGCGUUGGAUACGGAUUAUGAAAAAUGACUGCUGGGAAAAACAAUAGGAGGAGCUCACAGAUGAAAUGUGGGGAAAUAACAUCUUGCUUGCGGAACUUUUGCAAAAGCUUCUUCAGUCAUUUGUCAAAAGAUGCAAUUUGGAAAAAGCCAUGACAGAAAAAUUACUCAUCACAGGACGGAAGCUGGACAUUGAAUUUCUUCAAUCUUUGUCGUAAACUCAUUCCACAUUGGAUAUUUCAAAUUUCCAUUGCCAUUUGUAGUCUUUGACAAGCACACGCUAUUCAAAAUGAGAUGAAAGCACUUAACUUGGAGGGAUGGAAGGAUGAUUCUUUGCUAACCUGGAUGACCUCGACUCUGCCUGACCUCAUUUUUGCGGGACAGAGUGAAACUUGGCUCCCCACCCUGAGAGCGACACCUGAAGGCCACCCCUGCUACAGCUUUAAAAAAGAAGAAGAAGGGGGGUCCUGUGUGUAAACACUGUUCUCUAACUGAAAUAUUGAAAAGUUGAAUUUCAGGGUUUUUUUCCGUUGCUGUCAACACCUCCUCCUAUCUGUCCCUGUCUUCCCCUCACUUCUUUCCUUUGGUGUCUGUCCUGGUUUUUUGGUGGCUCACGCAUCGCUCUCAUCUCUGCCAUGCCCACAUACUGUAUGCCAGUAUCUGCAUCAUCAAAAAAAAAAAAAAGCUGCUGUGCGGCAAUUGUGCCAAAACAAAACGCUGAAUGUGGCAGGACAGACGGUUGACCCUGUCCCUUUGUUAGAUUUCUUUGUUACUGGUUGCUUGUUGCAGAGGCUGUUGGGUGGUGGUGCUGUCGGUGUGCAGUGGAGUCUGCAGAAAGAACUGUAAGAUUGUAGGAAUAUGCAUUAGAUAGCUGAAAGCUGCUUAGAAUUAAAAUGACUGAACAUACUAUUGCAAAUGGUACCUGUAGAUAAACAGAAUAAAGUAUUUAAGAUUUUACUUUUCAUUUCUAUGUAGUCUGGGUGGUGGUUUGGUCAGGCUAUCAUCAGGCUGCUGUGCACUGAAUGUGUGGUAGAUUAAAGGGACAGUUCAUCCCAAAAUCCAAAAUAUAUGUUUUUCCUCUUACCUGUAGUGAUGUUUAUCAAUCUGGAUUGUUUUGGUGUGAAUAGCAGAGUGUUAGAGGUACACCAAAACAGUCUAGAUCAGGGGUAGGCAACCUGCGGCUCCGGAGCCUCAUGUGGCUCUUCAGGCCGUCUACAGCGGUCCCUGUGACUGUGACCAAAAAAUUAUACGAAAUAAUACCAGUUAUUUCUUUAUCAUCAAUUUGUAUUCUUCAAUUGUAAAAAUGUGUGGUUUAUAAAUUUAACAUUUUAGUCAACUAAAAUGUGCAUCAUAGCGUAUGAAAAUCUACGGCCCGGUACCUUAACCUCUACAUUUUGCCAACUUCAAGUCUAGUUUUGAGUUUCCAGGCUGGUUUUCCUGAGAUAUUUCUUGGGAGUGUAGCCUCUUAUUUGCCUCACUGCAUUCUGACAAAACCAUAUUAAUAACUGCUCAUUGCGACCUAUUAGUAAUGUUGGUAGGCUUCAAUUAAGGCUGUUUUAUCUUUAUUGUAAGGCUCAAAAAGAAAGAUAUGGCUCCAUUCCGAAGUUUUUUCUCUUUUUUUGGCCAACAAUGGCUUAGUAAGUAAAGGUUGCCGAUCUCUGGUCCAGAUUGAUAAAUAUCACUUGACGUAAGAGCAAAAAAUAUGUAUUUUUGAUUUUUCGGUGAACUGCCCCUUUAAAUUUGAUGUUAAAUGAACGGGUGAUCAGGAUUUCAAGGUUGUUAAGAACUGAUACAGUUUGGU